AGUGACCAAAAAUAUGCUAAUGUAAAAUGUUGAAUUUAUUUAAAACAAUGUCAUUAGUAAUAUUCAGACGGUGAUGUGUUGAAAAAUUAUUGUACAUCGAAAUAAUAAUAGAUAGUGGAGGAAAACUAUCACCUGAGAUGGGAAAACAUUUUAUCUGAUAAACAUUUCCCCAAUGACUUGGAAAAAAAGUAAAAAAUAAAACAUUUCGUAAAAAUAAAUAGAAACAAAAAAAAAAAUUCUAGUCUAAUUCAAUAACUCUCUAGAAAACGUCUAAGAGCUGAGGUUGGAGGUCAGUGGAGGCGUCUAUCACCUGGAUUUGUUGGGUGCACGACGUUCGCGGGGGGAGGGGGGUUCCUGUUGAACAAGCGGCCAUAAGAAGGUCUCGCGCUGCUCCUCAUCAGCUGUCAGUGGUCGAGGCCGCGCUGCAGAUGCACGCGGCAGAGCGCACGCGGACUCAUGGCUCUGUUCGUGGACUCGGAGGCCCCGGGGCUGAGGCAGAACCAGAACCAGAAGAACGGGCUGGUGGACAUGAGGUUGUUCUUCAGUCCGCCGGAGUCCCGAAGAGCUGCCGGCGGGGAAGCCGGGUCUUCUCCGGAGCCAGAGAGGAUGUCAGGUGUGAUGGAGGGUCAGAGGAAACGGAAAAGGACCAUCUUCAGCCGCGCCCAGCUGUCUGAGCUGGAGCAGGCCUUCGCCGUGACCCCGUACCCGGACAUCACGCUCAGGGAGAGGCUGGCCGCGCACACACACCUGCCUGAGAGCAAGAUCCAGGUUUGGUUCCAGAACAGAAGAGCUAGAAGCAUCAAAACUGGAAGACUUCCCAAAUCCAGCAAACCCGUCCUGGGAAGCAGAGGUUUUGCAGAACCUUCUCGUGGCCCCGGGACCUCCACCUAUCCAGCAGCAGCCAGUCUGGCUGACUUAUUUAGGCAAGAACAGAACCACUCGUGUGAGGACGUGUCACCGAUUUACUCCGACUGGAUCCAAAUCUACAGUAACCAGGUGUCAUCAGCAGCAGCGUCGUCCUUUCACCAGCAGGCUCCUCGCAGCUCCUCCAAACCGCCUGAGCCUCGUCUUUGGGAGGAGGAGCAACACAGGCAGCAGCACAUGGGAGCAACUCUGUCCGGAUUCCUCCCUGGCUCCUUCCCUGAUCCGGGGAGCAGGCCGCCCCCUCACCCCGUCUCCUCCCGCUCCUACCAGGCCUUCACAAGCUUCAAGCCUCAGAGCGUGGCUCCCUCAGGGAACCAUCAGGCCGCGUACGGAGCCGGCUCCGGAGGUCGAGAUCACGGCUACGUGGAUCAGGUCGUCCCCUCACACCCCCACUCGGUGUACUGGGAGGUAACUCCAGGACAAGGCCACCGCAGCCACCAUCAUCAUCAUCCUCAUCCUCAGAUGGGACCACAGACUUCCAUGGGAUACAUCUCAGAUCUGAUCUACAACGCCGCCAUCGUUACGAAUUUCCUGGAAUUCUGAUGCUGGACUUUAACAGAAAAACUGAUUUAUUUUGUGGAAUUUUGUUUCCUGUGAUGUCAAAGUUUUUUUUUUUCUUGAGUUUUGUGUGAUUCUGCUUGUGACCAAAAAAAU